CUUUUACCCAAACAUCCUGUGAUCUGAGAGGAAUAGUAGACGCGAGUGAGAGGGGAUCUGCUCUGUCCCAACCGACGCCUGUUUUUAAAACAGCUACAGCUCCAGAGACGCACCCCAGACCCCAGUCCUGUGGGCGAUUAAGGACUUUUUACGUGAUAUUUAACGGGCCGUUUCAGACACACACACACACACACACACACACACACACACACAGAGUGACUCUGAAGAGAGACUUCAGUGAAAAGCAGGGCGAAAGGAACAGGAAGCGGAGGCAGGGUUAAUGAGUAACAGCGCGCUGGAGGCUCAAAGGUCUGGCCGUGCGGUGUGAGCGCGUGCAGAGAGGACGCCAGAGACGGCGGUAAAGCAGAGAGGUAAAGUUCAGUUAGAGCAGCGCGCUCGGGGGAAGAAAUGGCGAAGAGCAAGGAUGACGGCGACGUCGUCGUCAAGCCGCCGCUGAGCCGCCGCCCCGACAACUCUGCCUUCAAGCAGCAGCGGCUGCCGGCCUGGUCGCCGUCGCUGACCGCCAACACCGUCCUGCCCUUCUUCUUCUUCAUGGGGGCGCUGUGCCUGUUCCUCGGGGUGUGGCUGCUCCUCACCGUGCAGGGGACACGCGAGAUUAAGGUGGACUACACUGAUGCAGGUAACUGUACCGCCUGCUUUGACCUGCGCAAAAGCAGCGCCAACGCCCAUCUUACCUGUGACUGCAUCGUCACCUUCUCCCUCAGCCAAAAAUUUCAGGGGAACGUGUUUUUCUACUACGGCCUGGUAAACUUCCACCAGAACCUGCGCCGUUACAUGGACUCCAGAGACGACGGUCAGAUGGUGGGGCGCCUUAAAAACCUGAAGACGCCGAGCAGCUACUGUUACCCGUUUCGCCUGGUGGGGGGCACCCCAGUUGCUCCGUGCGGGGCGGUCGCUAACAGCAUGUUCAACGACUCUUUUGUUCUGCACUACCACCCCUCUGAGGGGCCAGCUGUGCCUGUCUCUCUGAUCAGGAGGGACAUCGCCUGGUACACGGACAAGACCGUCAAGUUUCGGAACCCAUCAGUGCCCAACGAGACUCUUGCUCAGGUCUUCAAAGGAACUGCCCAGCCUGUCUACUGGCAGAAGCCCGCAUACGAGCUGGACCCGACAGACCCCGGCAACAACGGCUUCAUCAACGAGGACCUGAUCGUGUGGAUGAGAGAGGCGGCCUUCCCCACCUUCAAGAAGCUGUACGGGAUCCUGAACCGCUCCCAGGGCCGGUUCGAGGACGGACUUCCCGCCGGAAACUACAGCGUCAGCAUCUCCUACAACUACCCGGUGGAGUACUUCCAGGGGCGUAAGAUGGUGGUCCUGUCCACGGUCAGCUGGUUCGGGGGACAGAACCACUUCCUGCCCAUCGCCUACAUGGUGACCGGCGGCCUCGUCCUGGUGGUUGCCAUGGUGCUCACAGGAGUGCACGUCAAAGUGGGAAGGGGGGGGCUGAACAUGGAGGAGUGAACGGGGCGAGGGGGGGGCGGUGUACCCCAUUUCCACAGGGCCGCCCGCGUCUGUUUCUGGUUUACAGGCCAAGGUCUGAUAUUGGUUACUUUGUCAGGGCCAGAUCC